GAAAGUUUCUAACAACCCCUGGGCCGCGCCCGGCGCUGAGGCCCCGCCUGGCCAAAGCCAUUGGCAGAGGCUGCCCCGGGGGCGGGGUCAGGGCGCCCCUUCCCGCACCCCGCAGCCCCACCCGCCGCGGGUCCGCAGGGAGGAGAGGCCCAGGUGAGGAGCCAGCGCCCGCGUUCGGGAACCCCCGUCCCGGGGCCAUGGGGGCACAGGUGAGGCUGCCUCCCGGAGAGCCCUGCCGAGAAGGAUAUGUGCUGUCUCUGGUCUGUCCAAACUCCUCCCAGGCUUGGUGUGAGAUCACGAAUGUGUCACAGCUGCUGGCUUCUCCUGUGCUCUACACGGAACUGAAUUCCAGCAUAACCAACUUGGGCAUUUCAGCAAACGUAGAAAACAAAUACAGUCUUUAUAUGGGCUUGGUACUGGCAGUAAGCUCCAGUAUUUUUAUUGGCUCCAGCUUCAUAUUGAAAAAGAAGGGCCUCUUGCAACUGGCCAGCAAGGGCGUUACUAGAGCUGGACAAGGUGGACAUUCUUACCUCAAGGAAUGGCUCUGGUGGGCAGGAUUGCUGUCAAUGGGAACAGGAGAGGCUGUGAAUUUUGCAGCUUAUGCUUUUGCACCUGCCACCUUGGUCACCCCCCUGGGUGCUCUGAGUGUUCUCAUAAGUGCGAUAUUAUCUUCCUACUUUUUAAAUGAGCACUUGAACAUUCAUGGGAAAAUAGGCUGUGUAUUAAGUAUAUUGGGGUCAACUGUGAUGGUUAUCCAUGCCCCACAAGAAGAGGAAGUCACUUCUUUGCAUGAAAUGGAAAUGAAAUUGAGAGAUCCAGGGUUUAUUUCUUUCGCUGUGAUCAUAACUGUGAUCUCCUUGGUGCUGAUUUUGAUUGUGGCUCCCAAGAAAGGACAGACCAAUAUACUGAUCUAUAUUUCAAUCUGUUCUUUGAUUGGAGCGUUUUCAGUUUCUUCUGUCAAAGGCCUGGGAAUUGCCAUUAAGGAGCUGAUAGAAUGGAAGCCAGUUUACAAACAUCCCCUGGUCUUUGUUUUGCUGGCUGUACUUGUGCUUUCAGUAACUACACAGAUUAACUAUCUCAACAAGGCACUGGACACCUUUAAUACCUCUCUCGUGACACCCAUUUAUUAUGUAUUCUUCACAUCCAUGGUGGUGACUUGCUCUGCUGUCUUAUUCCAAGAGUGGUACGGCAUGACAGCUGGAGAUAUCCUUGGGACCCUGAGUGGAUUCUUCACUAUUAUCAUUGGCAUCUUCCUUCUCCAUGCUUUUAAAAACACUGACAUUUCUUGGAGCGAGCUUACAUCUACUGCUAAGAAGGAAGUCAUCUCUCUGAAUGUCAGUGAAAACAAUUAUGUUUUACUAGAGAACCUGGAGUGUUCAGCCCCAGGAUACAAUGAUGAUGUUACCCUGUUUAGCAGAACUGAUGACUGAAGUCUCUAGAAACAUUGAGUUUUAACCCCUAUGAGACACAUGAAGAAGAAAAUGAGUGCUUGCUUCUUGGAAGAACUGCUAGGAAAGCUAGGAUUUUUACAGUUCUAACUAAUUUAGAUGUGAGGCCAAGUAAAAAUGUCAUCUUUUUUGGCCAUGAAUUUGAAAAUCAGAUUGAUUAUCCUCCAGAAGACUUCUGCUGCUUUUCAUUUCUACAAACUUUGAAAUUAUUCCUAAGGAUCAAAGAAGUUAAAGAGCUAUGUGUGUCUCCUUCUUCUGGUCACAAUAUAUUUGUCUCUGCCAGGUGGCUCUUUUUAGACUCCCAGUCAUUCACUAAUAUAAAAUUAGCAGUGUUCUGAUACAUGCAGUAUCAGCCAUAUUCUCUGUUGAGUCAUAACUUCAAAUUAUUAAAACUGAGAAGAGAGGCCAGGUACGGUGGUUCACAUCUGUAAUCCUAGCACUUUGGGAGGCUGAGGCAGGCAGAUCACUUGAGCUCAGGAGUUCAAGACCACCCUGGGCAACAAGGCAAGAUCCUGUCUCUACAAAAAACAUAAAAAUUAGCCAGGCAUGGUGCCGCAUGCCUGUAGUCCCGACCACUUGGGAGCCUGAGGUGGGAGGAUCACUUAAGUCUGAGACGUUGGGGCUGCCGUGAGCCCAGAUUACACCACUGCAGUCCAGCCUGGGUGAAAAGUAAGGCCCUGUCUCAAAGAAGAAUAAGAAGAAAAAGGGCCAGGGGCUUUUGCUUUUAAAAAAUUUGUUUAAACUGAGAAGUGAGAUCACGGGUGCUUUUUUCUCCCUUCUGCACCUUCCUUCUUCUAAAACUAGAUAGCUAAACAGUUAUUUUAAGAAAAAAGAAAUUUAAAAAAAAAAGCCUGCUUCAUUAGUCGGCUAGAAUACACAACACACACACACCCAUGAAGAGGGUAUGAAUUGUAACUAAUUGACAUAUCAUAGGAAUUUACUACCAAUUAAAGAGAGAGAACGGAGGAAAAGAAAAAUACUUCAGACCUCAGAUAAAGGAAACAGUUUUCUUCUCACAAAAACACAGGCACAUGUGAUUGUUUUCACGGGUUCCAUUAAUUAACUCAAGUCUGGAAGACAUAAGACAAAAUGGAGUUUCUGUGGAAGUCAGGUGAAUUCAGCUUUGGAGUCACUUAUGUUCAUUUUUUUUCCUUUCUUUUACUAUUAUCCUAAAGGUUAUUUUUUCUUGUUGAUAUAGUGAUUUUUGUAAAAGAUUGCUACAUUAUUUUAGGAUUAUAUCCUACACUUCAAUUGUUCACAAAUGUUUGAUCCCUAAAGGGUGAGUUUUCCACAGACUGUUUGGAAACAACUAGAAAAAUCUUUGUGAAAAAUCUGAACAAAUUAUCAUAAUGGCUCUCUUGAAGCUUGGUACUUCCACCCUUAUAAAGGAAAUUAUGAUUAGUUACUAACUGUUAAAAAUAGGUAUAUUCUAAUAGGAUAGAAAGUCAACUUCCUAGCAAGCAAAAUACCAAGACCUCAGGGGCUACUGCAGGAAAAUACCUUUUGCACAUUAAAAUGUUUAUAAAAUUUUUCUCUCUCAUUUCAAAUGCAUGGAAGGAAUAACAUUUUUGGUGGUCUUUAAUGUAAUGGACAGAUUUACUGUCACUUAUUGAUUUUAUCGAAAAAAAAUUGGCUGUCUUAUUUUUCUCAGGAAUUCUAACCAAAAAGAUUAUCAUUAAAAAAAAAUCAGGUUGACUGAAUUUUUUUCUGCUCUAACCUUAAAUGUUAUUAGGUUUGGUUUUUGUUUCUAAGCUAGCUCAAGACUGCCCAAGGUCAUAAUGGUAAGCUUUAUUAUUCAGAAUUCAAUCAGCAUUUCCCCAGGUCUAUUAAACUAUGACUGAUCAGGAUGACAACCUACCUGACAUGGCUGCAAGGUCCUAAUGUGCCAUUAUAGUCUUUUCAGCAUAGUUUAGUGUUGAGUGCAAUUCUAACACAUUCUAAAUUUUUGAAAAUCGAUAAUCCAUGGAACGUCCAUAGGUUGAUACCUCAGGUCAAAUACGUGUUUACUCUGUUGAUUGCUGUUUCACUUUACUUGUAUAUCAGAUAUAUAAGCUAUGAACACAAGUUUGUAGGAGAAGUAUCUUCUGGCUGGGCAGUGGCUCAUGCCUGUAAUUCCAACACUUUGGGAGGCUGAGGUAGGGGGAUUGCUAGUCUCCAGGAGUUUGAGACCAGUCUGGGCAAUAAAGCUAUACCCCAUCUCUCUUAAAAAUGUAAAAAAUAUCAAGAAGCUGAGUCAGGAGGAUCAUUGGAGCCCAGGAGUUUCAAGACUGCAGUAAGCUAUGAUUGUCCCACUGUAUUCCAGCCUGGGUGACAAGAGACCCUGACCCAAAAAAGUAUCUUCUGAUAAGGUUGCAUUUGAAAAUUGCAGAAAUUAAAAUUUUUUUUCUUUUAGUAUUAAGAACUUUAUUGAUCUCUCUAGGACACCUUCUUGGCGAGGAAAUUAAUGGCAUUUUUCGUGACAUCCAACCUGAGACUCUGGUGGUUCUCUGUUCUGGUAAAUUAAAGUUUCAGACAUUUCUUUGUGUCACCUUUUACAAAGUGUUUGCCCUUGGUACGUUAUGACCAGGUCAAAGGUUCCCAGACACAAGGCUCAAUGUGUACGUUAGAUGGGAAAAUGAACUGGUGUUGAUGUGAAUGCAUGCCCAGCAUGAUGACUGGGAAAGAUUUAAUGAUUGAAGUAUGCAGAGAAACAAUGAAAAAUUUGAAAACUGUCUACAUAAAAGUCACUGAUGAGCACAUGCAUUAAAAAACCAAAAUGUUAUUGCAAAUCUAACACUAAAAAAUAUUUUCCCAAAUAUGAAAAUAUUGACUAAGGAAGAAUAAAAUGCUGGACCCCUAUAGUCAGACUAUUAGUCUUAACUGGUAGUUUAUGUAUAUAUUUUAAUACUUUGUCAUCAUGUAGAUAUCUUAAGAUUUAUUGUGUGAAUAUCUGCAUGUGUGUCAUUAAGGAUUACAAAGCUGUGCUCACACAGGACAAAUGGAAAGAUUUUCCUACUUCUGUAAAGAUACGUCUUAUUUUUGUCUUACAAUUUUAUUCUUAGGUCAAUGGUUAUUUAUUAUAAGUUCAGAUUGCAUAAUUUUCAUAAGACCCUUUAGAUUUAACAAAUGAAAUUAACACAUAUUUUAAAGUAUUAAAUACAUGGAAAGCACCUGGCAUUAUGCCUGAUUAUAGGGACUUGGUAAAAUUUAGUUUUCUUUGAGUCAACAUUUGAAUUUUUACAGUCUUGCCACUAGAGACCUAAGGAUCAUUGAAUGCCUAUUUUUAUACAUUCAUCUUUUCUCAAUUUUUCAAGUUAUCUCAUUUUAAAUAAUGCAAGUGGAAGUGAAUUCAUCAUACUAUCUCAACACCAAUAUAAAAUUAUUCCAAAUAUUGUUCUUAAAACCAGAAAAACUGAGCUAAAUGCUGUUUUCCCCUUCCAAUGAAGCUUUGUGGAAAAUAUAUGAAUAUAUGAAAUCUUCUCAAAUAUUUUGAAUAAACUGUUCAUGAAGCCUUUUAUUUUGCACGUGUUUAUGCUGUUCAUUUUAGAAACUGUAUAAAUCUUAAAUGUUUGUAUAUUUUUCAUUUGCAAUAAAAUGUGAUUUAAUGAU